CUGUCUCUAGGUCUUAAGUGGUAACCGUUGGUUUUCUAAAGCAUGAGAAUCGAUCGCAAUAUACACUAGUCUCAACUCUCAAAUCAUGGAGAACAUAGAAGAAGAACAAUCUAUCAUCCCAGGUUUGCCUGAUGACUCAUCUUUGAGAUGCCUAGCCAUGCUUUCUCACGGCUAUCAUGGAACGCUCGAGUGCGUCUCUAAAAAAUGGAGAGAUUUAGUUCGUAGUGACGAUUACUCGUGCUAUAAAGCUAGAAACGGAUGGUCAGGGAACUGGUUGUUUGUUCUCACAGAAGGCUAUAAGAACCAAUGGGUUGCUUAUGACCCUGAAGCUGAUCGUUGGCAUCCAUUGCCUAUAAAUAAUAUAUCUGUUUUUCAAGAUGGCUGGGAACAUUCUGGUUUUGAGUGUGUUUGUGUUUCGAGUUGUCUUUUUGUGAUCGGGGGUUGCUACAAGUCAUCAUCCCGUCAUGAGAAGACUGUUGUCACUAAUGACGUCAUGCGGUUUGAUCUGUUUAAGAAAGAGUGGAAAAAGGUUGCUAGUAUGAGAACAAAGAGAGCUUUCUUUGCUUGUGGUGUUGUCUCUGGCAAGGUUUAUGUUGCUGGAGUAGAGAUGAGUUGGUCCACUGUGGUUGAUAUAUGGCCUGCUGUUAGACCUAGGAAGUAUGUUGCUCAGGGGAUGAAAAAGGAUCGUCUGUACACGGUUGUGGGAGGACGUUUGAUCAAGACUAGGGGUACAGAUGGAGGAGAAUGGUAUGAGGUUGGCUUAGUUCCUGGUGUGGUUCUUCCUGGUCAUCCGGGAGAGGCGCCGCUUAUAGGAUACAGGUUUGAAGCUCUAAGGGAUGAGCUUUAUGUUAUAGGAGGUCUGGUUCUUAGUCUGGAAGGAUUAGAUGAAGGGAGAUGUGACCUUGUGAGAUUGUCUGUCGCCAAAGUAUGUAAUCUUUUAGAUAGGCCUCUGAUCUGGAGAGAGACCAAACCUAUGUGCAUUCAAGCCUGUGGACCUGUCAUUGGUUGUGUAUCCUUGGAAGAAUCAUCUCCACCUUAA